AAUGCCUUAGCGAGUGUAUUCACAGACAGCAUAUUAUAUCUAUCAAUACAAAAACUAAGGAGUAAGCUCUAAUCUACUAUAUACACAUUAUAAUACAGAUUUGCAUUAACUAUUAACAGGAUGACAACUUAAUUAGCUAAAACUGCAAUCAAUUUCCUGUUAUGAGUUUCUAUUGAGUGAUUUUUUUUGGAAUAAAAGUUUGAAAAGAAAACUCAGUCAUCAUGGGAUCAUCUAAUGCUGAUGGAUCCACAACUAACGAUAAAAAGAAAAACGUUCAUAGAGAUAGUGACAUUGUUGAAAUCAACGAAAAACAUGGACCUCUGUAUAAUGCUAUUCCACGGAUGCAUCCUGCUGCAGCUAUUAUAUUGUGUUUACUAAAUAUCUGUGCCCCAGGUUUUGGUACAUUUAUAUCUUCCUUUACCGUUUUUUGUGGAGCUCAGACUAAGAUAAGUAAACGAAGGAAUGCCUUCCUGUUAAAUCUACUGGCCGCUUUUCUACAAAUGGUGACGUUUCUUGUUAUUGUUGGGUGGAUAUGGAGCAUUUUAUGGGGAAUGAAUUUCGUACAGAUUGCAUUGAAGAAGGAUGACGAUGUUAAAAUUCCAUAUUAUGCCCGCCGACAAAGUAGUGUGGAUUUUCUUACUUGAUUGAUAUUAUUAUUGUUAUGCAGAUUAUUUAUCGAAGUGUUCAUUCCUGUACAUUGAACGGACUGGUAUGUGUAGUGAAAUUACCGAAGAAACAUUUUGUUUUCUGUUUCAUUUUGGAUAUUGUGCAUUAUUCAUAGGCUGAAUAUUCCCAAGUUGGGUAUAAUAGAUAAAUUAACAACUGUCAUAUUUUGUGAAAAUCAAAUCUACACAACAAAUGCUGUUGUUUUUUUUAUUUUAUUUGGCAGAACUUUUAUUAUGUUAGCCUCUAUUACAGGUUUAAUUUUGACAAGCAUCAUUGCUAGACUCCAUCCUUAGUCUGUUUCAACAUUUAAUACUUCUUUGUGUGCGAUCGAGAGUAGUUAAACAACUUUUCUAAAUGUUUAAUCGAAGUUUUCUUUCACUUUUUUAUACUAAUUUCCUGCAUAGUAUUAGAACUCAACAAGCCGAUGAUUAAACCAUCAAUGUUCUAAAAGUCAUUGAAUUCUAAGUGGUAGAUAUUGUAAUAUGCUCAUUUUAAUAAUAAGUUGUAGACUAAUACAAAAGUCCGUAUGUUUUCUUUUAUACGCUCCAGACUUUAAAGUGUGCAAAAACAAUUUUGAUGGCAUGAUCAAAAAAAUCUCUCGAGCAUGAUACAACGUCGGCAUUUUUUUUUUCAAGACCUGAUUUUUUUGUUUAUACGGUCACAUUUGUCAUUGACAGUGUAACGUUUUCCAUCAAAUUUGGCAUGCAGGUAUAAAACUUUGCACACUUAAGUUGCAGUGAGCUGUCGUGAAGAUAGUAAAAGUUUUACGUCUCAAUAUAUACAUAUAUUUAACUUAGUUUGAAGUUUAGCUUAGGCUUUUGUAUUUUUACAUUAUGUAUAUUUUGAAAUAUAACAUAUUACUAGAAUAAACGUUCAAAUAUUU